AUGUCGACAAUGUUCGGGGCCUUGAAUCGCUUCAUCUCUCGCCUCGAUGCUGCUCCACAGGAAGAUCAGCAUUCCGGGGUUGGUGGUGCAUAUGGCUUCCAAGUCCUGAGAAACGCAAAUCAGGAGGUCCCUCUGGAGCCGUGGUUCGAUUUUGUCAUUGGUAUCAACGGCAGGACAAUUGACAACCCUGAUCCGGCGCUGUUUGCGACAGAGGUGCGCAACUGUGCUGGUAACACGAUCAGUAUGGGUGUCUUCAGUGCAAAGGGUCAAGUGAUCCGCGAGGUCUAUAUAAGUAUCCCAGCUGAAAAUCCCACUUUGGGUUUAUCGCUGCAAUGGUCGCCUCUCGCCAUCGCGGAAGAUGUAUGGCAUAUUCUUGAUGUGGCCCCCAACUCUCCUGCCGACACUGCAGGAUUGCUCCCAUACGGUGAUUACGUCAUUGGAAGCCCAGAAGGUCUGGUCCGAGGCGAGUCAGGCUUGGGUGAGCUUGUGGACGACUUUCUGAAUCGUCCACUGCGACUUCUUGUGUACAACCAUGAGUACAAUGUCACACGAACAGUCACUAUCACUCCAACACGCAGCUGGGGUGGUGAAGGGGCAUUAGGCUGUGUUCUUGGCUUUGGCGCUCUUCACCGCAUUCCUGCGUCUUUGGAAGAACCACCGCAAGCGCCGGGAGAGACCUUGUUCUCUGCGAACAGCGCACCUACAUCUUUCGAUGAGAAGCGGCCCCUGAUUUCUGGUGUUUCUUCCGGUGAAGGUGGCACCGGCAUUGGAUCCGAGCUUUUCGUGCCAGCGAACAUUGCCAUGCCAGCGAAGUCUCCGCCACCGCAAGGAACGGCACCACCAAAAAGGAAGCAGCGGGCACAUAUUGCCACGCCUGGUGGCGGCGGCCUGGAUGACUACUUUAAAGAAGGCGAGCAGAAGAGCAAGGAGGACGACUACACGCCAAAGGGCAAGGGCGGUGUGCCUCCACCACCAAAGGCUGGUGGACCGCCCCGUGCACCUCCAAAGAGUGGCACGCCUGUGCAGAGCGAAUCUGAGCUGCCAGCCACACAGGCAGGAGCGGAAGACACUUGA